AACCGGAAACGGAAACCGAACCGGAAACGGCCCCUCGGGCCUCCCCCUCAACCAUCGUUCUGCUUCCCAAGCGCUUAGUCCGGUGCCCUGCACACAGAUCGGCCCUUCUGGGCUCCGUUUCCCAGCACCCCGAGUUGAGGAAGAGCACAACAGUGGAGCCAGCCACCAUGGAGGUGGUUCUGCUGCCCGCGCUGACGGACAACUACAUGUACCUCAUCAUCGACGAGGAGACCAAGGAAGCCGCCAUCGUGGACCCCGUGCAGCCCCAGAAGGUUUUGGAAACAGUGAAAAAAUAUGGAGUGAAACUGACCACGGUCCUUACGACGCAUCACCACUGGGACCACGCCGGAGGCAACGAGAAGCUCGUCAAGAUGGAACCCGGGUUGAAAGUGUUCGGGGGAGACGACCGGGUCGGGGCCCUCACCCAGAAAGUGUCCCACCUGUCCACGUUCCAGGUGGGCACGCUGCACGUCAAGUGUCUGUUCACGCCCUGCCACACUUCCGGGCACAUCUGUUACCUGGUGAGGAAGCCAGACAGCUCAGAACCACCUGCCGUUUUCACCGGCGAUACCUUGUUUGUGGCCGGCUGUGGGAAAUUCUUCGAAGGGACCGCGGAUGAGAUGUACAGAGCCCUGCUGGAGGUCCUGGGACGCCUGCCCCCCGAAACCAGGGUCUACUGCGGACACGAAUACACCAUCAACAACUUAAAGUUUGCCCGCCACGUGGAACCCAACAACUCUGCCAUUCAGGAGAAGUUGGCAUGGGCGAAGGAGAAAUACAGCAUCGGCGAACCCACCAUCCCGUCCACGCUGGCCGAGGAGUUUACGUACAAUCCGUUCAUGAGAGUGAGCAGAGAGAAGAGCAUCCAGCGCCACACCGGGGAGACUGACCCCGUGACCGCCAUGAGGGCCCUCCGCAAGGAGAAGGAUCAUUUCAAGGUCCCCAAAGACUGAAGACCCUCUGAGGCCGACAACCGAUUCCUCCCCGCCCCCCUCACCAAUCCCCCCUAGCAUCUGGUGAUUGUCGCAUUCAACCCCCCGCCCGUUUCCGCGCUACCUUCAUCAUUGUGGAGUUGGGUGAGCCAGCAGCCCUUCCGUGGGGUUGGUGUUUUAUUUCUUUAUAUAUAUAUAUACAGAAAGAAAACAAGGCAAACCAAACUGCCCCCAGAUUAUCCCCAAAGCCCUCUGCUCCUCUGCCAGGAUGCCUGUUUCUAAGAUGAAGAAGUUUAAAGAGUAUUUAUUCCUACGAGUCCCGGCUCCCAAAACCCACACGACCGAGCUCACCUUCUUCAUGACCCCCAUAGAGGCGGCGCUGCCAGGGAAAUCUCCGCCUGAGGAGGCUAAAACGCGCUGGAUGGAUCGGCGGCCUAAAAAAGCUUGAGCGGUGGCACCCCCCAACCCCCGACCCCCGCUGAAUGCUUGCCUGCUUUUUGGUUUUUUCUGGGCCGUAAUCAAAGAUUGCCUUUCAGGGGGCUCGGGGGGCUGAGAAGAUUGGCCUACCGCUUGAAUCCAUCCAUCCAUCCAUCCAUCCGUGCUAUUUACUGAGCGCUCACCGUAUGCACAGCACUGGACUAAGCGCCAACCUGCUCCCUUACAAUGGCUCUCCCUCUCUUCUCCCUCUCUUUCCCCAUGGGGCCCCACCCCUGAGUCCCUCAAGACAGGCACCGUUUCCAGGCCGCAGACCUUGCCCACCUUUGGUUUAGUUGGAUCCCUUUUGGGAGCUCGGAACGGAGUUACCGUCACCCAACCAAUGCCCGGCGGGCACUCGGGACCACCCCCACACCCUCCCGUCCUGGGGAGCGCCCGGGGGUGAGGCGGGGACGCGGAUGCUGUCUUCCGGGGUCCCGCUCCGGGGUGUCCCCACAGUUUCACCCGGCACCGCGGAAAGGGCCAGCAAACAGCAUUUUCCUCCUCCUCAACGUCUCUGAGUCCUGCUCCGGGGAGGGCAGACGGGCCCGGGGGCACAGAUUCCCCCAGAUCCCACCGUCCUCGGCCGUCUGCGUCGAUCUUGCCUCCCCCCGGGCCCGGGGUCGGGAGUUUCUGGCUCUGGGGCAGGUCCCCGUGGGCUUUUUGGAAAUUCCGUCCACCCGAGACAGCAGGUGGCAGGGAUGGAGGAGAGUGGCCGGCCGCGGUGCCCACUGAGGGGCCCGCGGGCGGCAAGGACUCUUUGGGCGACCACCGGACCCUGGAGACCACCCGGGUACCGCGUCGUCCACAGUCAGCGGGGGCAGCCCUCCUCGUGGGCACCCAAACUCCCUCACGAGUGAGCGGCGGCAAGGCCGGGGGCGGUUGCGUACAAGUGUGCGUGUGCCCGACUGGUGGCCUCGAGCCUCAUCCUGUUGUGAGGGGAAGGUGGGUAAGGAGGCCCCCGCCCCCCAGACCUCCUCUCGGCAAUCACGUCCGAGAGGAAGGUUUCGUCCCAGGGAACCGGAAUCUGUCCAGAUGCCAAAGAGGGACUCGCGCCGAGGGAUGUCGGCUCUCGGAGAGCCGGCGUUCCACUUUUAGGAGCGAAGCGUGUCGGCCGGAAGAGGCCGGGGGACGGCGAGGUUUGCUGUCACCCCAUAGGGGACGUGGGGUUCAGCGGGGCCUCUCAGUCGGAUGAG